UUGGUGCAGGUGCAAUUGUUGCAAUGUGUGCUAUGACAAUCCCUAAACAUGAUGCUCACAAUGACAAGUUCUGUAAAAUGAUACAUCGCUUAGCAUCAAAAGGUUCCCUAAUCUGUUCAGAAAUUAGGCAUUUUGUUGAUCUGGACAUUGCAGUCGGGCGAAAGAGUCCAGAAGAGAUUUUCCAGUUGUUUGAUCCCGUUAUGCUGCUUAGGCAUCCUCAGACACAUUUCAGUAUUCUUGAUGUAAUGUUAAGUGUCACUGGGCUAAAGCAGGAAGAAUACCAUAGUAAAAGUAUCCAGUGGCUUAGGGACAACAAUAAGAUAACCCAAUACAUUGAGGAGGCUGUCAAACACUUUCCAAACCUUCCAAAAGGAUAUCAGCCUUCGGUUGUUAAGAAUCUACAUUCAGUAUUUUGCACUUUGACAGAGAUACCAAUUAACAUAUCACUGGCUUUCGUACCUAUAUUACUUGAGCUGCUUUCCACAAAUGUGUUGUUUCCAGAGGAACAGAACAAUGUUGUGAUUACACUCUAUGUGAUUGCACAAAAAACCAAAGUGAAAGAUGACUGGGAUUGGCAUUUCAUUAAGAAUUUAGGCUCAGGAAUUUCUGGCUUUUUAAUCGAUAAUCAUACAACUACUGCAAUGUAUGCCUAUGGCAUUUUUGCAAACCUUGUUUCAACUGAACACGCCAAGGGAAUGUUUAAAUCGAUUGGGUUAACUUCUGUGCCUGAAGGGAUUCUUACAUUUGCAGCAAGGAGGAUGGAUGACAUUCUCAAAGAAGGAUUAAGGCACCUGCACAGAUAUUUAGUCCAACCAAGCGCAGUAUUACAAGAUUCCAUAUCAGCUGAAGAAGAGCUGUUGGCACCCAAGAAAAAGAAGAAAAAUAAGAAGAAGAAAAAAAAAAACUCGCAGCUGAACGAUGGACUGCACAACGCUUCAAGUGACCUCUCCACAGCUUCUGUCCAGGAAUCUGUUGCAAAUGAUCUCCAACCUGGCAACACCACAUUUAAAAAAGAGCAGAAGUGGUCAAAAAGAAGUGUGAGAUGGAGAGAGAAAUUAGAGAAGCUCUCAAAAAGUGAGGAAAUCAUCAAAGUUGGAAGCAUAUUGUUUGUGAAUGAUGAAGAAUACCGCAUAGCGACGGGGAGUGAUGGAACUGAGGUCUUCCUUGGCCUCAGAGAGGAUGGCACUGAGGUGGCAGUGAAGAGAAUGUCUAAAACGAAUGAUAAUGUGCUGAAGAACGAGGAAUCAUUCCUAAGACUUCCAGAGCUUGAACAUGAAAAUAUUGUGAGAUACAUGGACUACGCCAAAGACAGUAACUUUGGUUACCUUGCACUUCAACUGUGUGAGUUCACCCUGGAGGAAUUCCUAAGACCUGAUUUGACAGAAAAACAGAAGAGAAAUCUUGUUACGGACAUUUUAUCUAGCUUGAGUGUGCUACAUGGUCAGACUCCUCAAAUCCUCCAUCGGGAUAUUAAACCACAGAAUGUCUUGAUAGAUGUUCGUGAAAAGGCACGUUUGGCUGAUUUUGGCAUCAGCAGAACAUUGCCCAAAGGGCAGACUUCCCGGCACACAAAAAAAGCUGGAACAAAGUGCUGGAUGGCCACAGAGAAUUUAGAAGAGGAUGUUGCAUCGUGCAAGAUGAGCGCUGACAUACAGGUGGCAGGGAUGUUGACAUAUUACAUCCUAUCUGGAGGACAUCAUCCUUUUGGCAGAGGCUCUAGAUGUGAGAGCAACAUUCUUGAUGGUUUCUACAGUCUUGACCAUGUUCAGGAUUUGAUCACAAAGGAUCUUGUGAAGUGGAUGAUCAGCAAAAAUCCAAAUGAAAGGCCUACAGUGCAGGAAUGCCUGGACCAUCCCUUCUUCUGGCUGAAGUCAAAAAAAAUUAGAUACUUAGGAAAUAUCGGUAAUGUGGAGGAGGUGAAAAACUACAGUAAGACGGAGAAAUGCCUCCUUGAUGAACUGGAUCGGGAUGUAGGGGAGGCAAGCUGGAAGGACUGGAAACAAAAGUUCCCCAGGGAGAUAGUGAAGAAAUUGGACGGCAAAGGGACGUGUUCUGAGAACACUGCAGGAUUACUUCGCUUCAUACGCAACCUCCUUCAACAUCCCCCUAAGGACGCAGAGCAAAUUGAUUUGAUGGCCAUAUUUCCUGAUCUCUUCGGAGGCGCAUACGUUUUUGCCAGAAACAAAGGGUGGAACAGCAAGUACAAGCUGAUUGAAAGGGAGAAGGAGGACAUCAUAUCCGGUGCUGCGAUGAGCAAGCUCAGCCUGGAGGACCGGGCUCCAGGCUUCUCUGUGCCUGUCCAGGAGUCAGGAGGACCCCCCCAUUCAGUCACCGUCAUACCAUGA